AUGCAGGUUGCCGGGGCGGAUCAGAGCUCCAUUGAUGCCAUAAAAGCAGUGGGAGGCAGCGUGACGAUCGUCUACAUGGAGCGUGUAGCCCUACGUGCACACAUCAAGCCGUGGAAGUUCGAGGUGCUGCCCCGAACCGCGCGCCCGACGAUGAAAAUGGUGACCUACCUGGAGAAGAUGAAAGCUCGUGGAUGUCAUGUCAGGUACAUCAAGCCCUUGUGGCUCAUUGAGGAGGAGAAGAGGCUUCAGAGCCAACUACGGGAGCUCAAGACCGAG